AGGCAUAUGUUUCUCCAAAGUUAGCUUCUUGAGAGGGAGGUGCAACAUGAAAUCUCGACCUUUUUUCGUUUUUUUUUCUCUAGGCAGAAAUAUGAAACCUGGUUCCAUUCUGCCAUGUUUGUUCCCGAGCUCCCAGUUCUUAACAUUGCACGUCUCCAUUUAGCUUUUUUAACCAAAAUGAUUUUGACACUUUUCACAGGAAACGUGUGUUUUUGUGAAUUAUCCACAUAUAUUCUAACACGUUGAAACAUUUUAGAUGUGUUAAUCAAAUACUCCACGAUUGUUUUAUCAUGCGAAUAUGACAGGAUGAUAUCGGAGAGUAAAAUCUCUGACCAAAUUAUUUUCUACGUUUUCAAAGGAUAAUAAAGUGCUGCAAGUUUUGGUAUGGUAUAUUCGCCUUCACCAACACGAUCUGUAUUGUUUGGAAACUGAGAGCAUCAGUUUUCUAUGGCGCAGCCUUGACCGUCUUUUUUGUCGGUUAUGCAUCUCUGCCUAGAUAAGUCAUUUCAAGACUUUGUGGAUGUGAGACAGCAUUGACUUAGUUCCAUUGAGGUUUUGGAGUAUUUUGCGUUUUUGGCGGGGGAAAGAUGGCGAGGUUUUGGAGAAAAGUGUCUCUUGCCCUACUUUUCCUUGGAUUUUUAAUGUUUACUUUAGCAUCUGUAAAUGCUGAACCAGAGCAAGAAGUAGAAGAAGAAGGGGAGGAAAGUACAUGUCAGGGGGCUUUUGACUUGUAUUUUGUGCUUGACAAAUCUGGCAGUGUCAAACACCACUGGAUAGAAAUCUACUCCUUUGUGGAGCAUCUAGCUGAAAAGUUUAUCAGCCCAAUGUUGAGAAUGUCCUUCAUUGUCUUCUCAUCCAGAGGAACCACUCUCAUGAAACUGACAGAAAACAGGGUGGAGAUAAGAAAAGGAUUGAAUGUGCUGAGAAAAGAGAUACCUGGUGGAGACACCUUUAUGCACCUGGGCUUGGAAAGGGCAAAUGAGCAGAUACAUCACGAAAACUUUGGGACAGCAAGUGUCAUCAUUGCCUUGACGGAUGGGGAGCUGAACGAACACCAACUCGUCACUGCACAACAGGAGGCAGAGAGAAGCCGGUCUCUAGGAGCUAUGGUGUACUGUGUUGGAGUAAAGGACUUUAACGAGACACAGCUGGCCACCAUAGCAGACACCAUUGAGCAUGUGUUUCCUGUGAUGGGCGGAUUCGUAGCCCUGCGAGGAGUGAUCGACUCGAUCAUCAAGAAGUCCUGUAUUGAGAUCCUAGCUGCAGAGCCCUCCAGUGUUUGUGCAGGAGAGAGCUUCCAGGUAGUGGUGAGAGGAAACGGUUUCCUUCACGCCAGGAACAUAGAGCAGGUGUUGUGCAGCUUUAGACUCAACGACACCCUCACCAUUAAUAAGAAGCCUGUGGAAAUCGAAGACACGUUCCUGCUGUGUACGGCUCCGGUUAUAGAUGAAGUUGGGCAGGUUGUUUAUCUACAAGUGAGCAUGAAUGAAGGCCUGUCGUUCAUCACUAGCUCUGUACACAUCACCACCACAGAGUGUUUUGAUGGCACCAUCCUUCUCAUCACCCUCCUGGUUCUGUUCCUGUUAAUGGCCGUGCUGUUCAUGUGGUGGUUCUGGCCCCUCUGCUGCACUGUGGUGAUCAAGGAGCCUCCUCCGCCACCCCCUCCAGAGCCAGAAUCAGACGAUGAAGAUGGCAUGCCCAAGAAGAAGUGGCCCACCGUGGAUGCAUCCUACUAUGGAGGAAGAGGAGUCGGAGGAAUCAAAAGAAUGGAGGUGCGCUGGGGAGGGAAGGGUUCAACAGAGGAGGGGGCUAAACUGGAGAUGCCCAAGAACGCUGUGGUGAAAAUGCCCGAGCAGGAGUUUGAGCCUUACGAGCCCAAGCCCAAGAAGGCCCACAACAGGAAGCCAGCCGCGGAUAGGAAGUGGUACACUCCCAUACAGGGUAAACUGGACGCCAUUUGGGCCCUGUUUCGCCGCGGUUACGACCAGGUCUCUCUCAUGAGGCCUCAGCCAGGAGAACAUGGUCGAUGCAUCAACUUCACCCGGGUGAAAGAUGAGGCAGCAGCAGCAGCCAAGGCCCCUCCUCGGGCCCAUAGUCCAUCUGCUCCAGACUACCGUCCCCUGAUCCGCCCCACUACACCGCCGCCAGCACAGAACAGCUCACCCCCGCGGGCACCGCCCAUCACCCAGCUACCCCCGGGGCCACCUCCCUCCCGCACCCCCCCAGGGCCCCCCUGCCCCCCUCCCUCGCGCCCCCCACCGUGCCCCAACAACAGACCAUGAAAGUGAUUUAGGGACCCCACUCCAAUAAAGCAAUAGUCCCCGCUGCCAAAGAUGCUCCCUCAACCAAAAAUAAACAUAGUAUUUAUUUGAGUUGGGGUGAAUUUAGCAGGAGAUGUAAUGGUUUGUUGCUGGGCAGCAAAAGAUUUAGUCAUAGGAGGAAAAAUACUACAAUGGAUGAAAUUUGUUUCUCAACUACUGAGUAUCCGAUGAUGGUAAGUGUCAAGGUGACAGUAGAGUAGACUGGGCCUUUGUGUGGCUUUAGUUAUCACUGAGUCGAUUUACUUUCAACCACAAGGAUUGGAUUUUUUCUAGUAUGACGAACCUGCUGUCAAACCAAUCUAGAUUAGCUUUUUGCAUCUCUCUUUUGUGAAUAUUUACAUAUAGCUUUUUAGAUCUCUCUUUUGUACAUUGAAAGAUUUCAUAAGGGCAAAUUGUUUAGGGGGUCACACAACAGGACUUUAUUAUGUUUUUUUCUCUGAUGUCCAAAUUAGUUAAACUCAGUUUUAGCCAGUGGUGGAAAAAGUACGGAAGUCAUACUUGAGUAAAAGUAAAGAUACCUUAAUAGAAAAGGACUCAAGUAAAAGUGAAAGUCACCCAGUAAAAUACUACUUGAGUAAAAGUCUAAAAGUAUUUGGUUUUAAAUAUACUUAAGUAUCAAAAGUAAAUGUUUUACUUUUGAUGAUUUUCUUGUUUUAUUAUUUUACGGCUAGCCAGGGGCACACUCCAACACUCAAACAUAAUUUACAAAAGAAGCAAUUGAGUUUAGUCAGCCCUCCAGAUCAGAGUAGGGGUGACCAGGGAUGGUCUCUUGAUAAGUGUGUGAAUUGGCCCAAUUUUUCUGUCCGGCUAAGCAUUCGAAAUGUAACUAGUACUUUUGGGUGACAGGGAAAUUGUAUGGAGUAAAAAAUACAUUAUUUUCAUAAGGAAUGUAGUGGAGUAAAAGUAAAAGUUGUCAAAAAUAUAAACAGUUUAAGUAAAGUACAGAUACCCCUAAAAAACGACUUCAGUAGUACUUUAAAGUAUUUUUACAUAAGGACUUUACACCACUGGUUUUAGCCCAUGUCCAUAUUCUCAUUGAGAAACCGAUUUUCAUUACUCCCAUUUGGUAGUGUUGCCGGAAGCCAUAAGCAUAUAAGCAUAAGUUGACACUGAGAUACUUUUGAUAUGGACUGAAAGCGUAAAAUGUGUAUAUCUUUUUGAUUAGUAAAUGGAAAAUCAUAGCGUAGGAGAUGUGUAUCGACAAAAUCUGGCAUUUUUAAACACUUUGUCGGUCAAUAUCUGAGAGUGAACCCAGGUUUACCUAAGUUAAUAUUGGUAAUUGUGCACAUUGAAUGCAGUUCAGAUAUGGCAUUAUUUUAGUUUUCUUUCGUUCAUUUGUUUUUAUCCCUUUUGACUCAUGAACCUCUCAAAUCAAACAACCAGUCAGGUCAUUGUUCUGUCAUCAUGUUUUUACAUUCCCAAAACUACACUAAUUUGAUACCUUGUUUCGUUUACCUUUUGUUUUUGACCACAAUCACAUUGCAACUGCAGGGCAGUUCACCACGUCUCUAAUUUAUUAACCCCCAGACCUAGAGGAGGGUACUUGAAUACGACAAAGGUGUCCACUGACACACUGUGCAUGUAAACAAACUAUUCAACUUCAUACGACAGCGUUUCUCAACCCCAUUGGUCUAUAGUCCGGCACUAGGUCAUGGAAUAUUGCUUCCUUAGUGCAACUGUACUUUAUCUAAAGGCUAUUAAAAACAUGGUGAAAUCUGAGGGAUUAUUCUACGAACCAACAGCGAUUCAAUCAAGUCCCCAAAGGAGGAAGAACUACAGCAUGCCAGUCCUUGGUACAGACAAAGGUUGAGGAACACUAUUAGAAACGUUUUACACCUGGUACCUUUCAGGAUUUUUCUACUUAGAUUUUUCUACUCUCUUUGUAUAAUGUACUUCAUUCGAUUAUGUACUAUAAUACCAUUGAGUUACUAUAUUCCUUUGAUAUCUUGUAGCACUGCUGAAAGCGGGAGGAUGAUGAUGAUGAUGAUUAAGAGGUGCAUACAUUUACUUUGUUUUUAUUGGUACAAUAGCACAAAUAAAACUACAAAGGCACCCAAGUGUAAUAUACAAGUUCUGCUUUUUGACAAUGAUGAAAGCCCUCCAUUUCAUUGACUGGAUUGAUGGCUUUUAUUAGUACAUCACCCCACUCAAGCAAUGACAUUCAGUAGUUAGAGGAGCAAGCAACAACAUUAUAUACAACUCAUUAUUAUGUCGUUUUUUUUAUCUCUUUGCUUCACAAUGACCAUUAGGACCUUUGUGGAGUGGUGUUCUGAGAGAAAAAAAACUCUGAGAUGCUAAAUGUUAACCAUUGUUUUACAUGUUAACCAUUGUUUUUCAUGUAUUAAUGGGAGUACUGAAACAAGUAUGGAAAGACAUGAAUGUGUUCAAUGUUUUUUUUUUAACAGUAUUAAUAAAGGUUGACUUCCAAGCUUUUA